AUGUCCGCCGAAUACAAAGGCCAAGACCCGCUCGAGAUCGCCAAGCAAGCAGAGGCAGACCUAAACUCUCACGCCGCGAAGCACGGCCACGAUGCCAACAUCUCGUCAGGCCAUGGGAAGGGGGCCAGCGACUCCACACUCGAAUCCGGCGUCGACGCCAACGUCGAGAAGAAGUUCCCCGGCGCAGAGGUGACGUACGGCUCAGCGGCAUCUGGUGCAGGUGACAACCGCGAGAUUCCGGAGUCGGAGGGUGGCGAUGCUGUCAAUCCUGCGACGGGAGGACCCACGAAAGCCCGCGACUUCGAGGGCCUCGGCGGCCCUGAGGACAAGCUCCAGGCGCACGCGGAGGCGCAUGGAGGCGAUGAUGAUGUGAGGGGGAAUAUCAGGCAGGAGGGCAAGAUGGAUAGCACCAAGUAG